GAUUGGUCGAUUGGCAGUUACUCCCGGAAUAUUAAUUUAGGUUUACGUAAACAGAUGAAGACGCAUUUGCGAGUUAAACAGUUUGUUUUAUCGAUUUUAUUUAAUCGUGUGACUUGAUAAUAAUAACAACUCUACAGACCUUGACAGUGAUGUCUGAUGAUGUUAUUUUCUCACGACCAAGUUCAUUUAGAUUGAUAGUGUGAAACAGAUGGAGUCUAGCUGUUGCUAAUCUACAGAAAUAAUGAUUCAGUAGUGAACAAAGUAAAAUCUUAAUUCAAUGGGAUAAAUUGAAAAUGAUUGCUAUAAUAAUAUUAUAUUUUUUGGUUCUGACUCUUGUUAGAGCAAUUCCAUUUGAUCAAGCAAUUGAUAUCACUUGUGAUGGCGUUGAAUUUAAAGAAAAUGAUUACAUUGAGAAAUUUGAAAAAUACAUGAAUUGUACUGUAAUUGAAGGAAAUUUGGAGAUAUUUCCUUUUGAAAAUAAUAUAAUGUCAGAUUAUAAUAUGAGUUUUCCUAAUUUGAGAGAAAUUACUGGAUAUCUUUUGUUAUAUAGAAUAUCUGGUUUGAGGUCAUUAGAACAACUCUUUCCAAAUUUAUCAGUUAUUCGAGGAAAUACCUUGUUUCUUGGAUAUGCACUUACUGUUUACGAAAUGAUGGAUCUUCAAGAAAUAGGAUUAAGAAAUUUAACAAAAAUUGUUCAUGGAAAUAUUCGUAUAGAAAAAAAUCCUCGUUUAUGUUUUGUAGAUACAAUUGACUGGAAUUAUAUUACUAUGAUGGAAAAGACUCGAAAUGUAAUAAGAGAAAAUAGAUUAAGUGCCUUUUGCCCAAAUUGUCCAAAACAUUGUCCUAAAAUUCUUAGAAAUGGAAAUACCGAAUCUUUAUGUUGGAAUCUAAAUUAUUGCCAAAAAGUUUGUAAUAAGAGUUGUGAAAAUAGUGGUUGCACUGCAAGUGGAGAAUGCUGUCAUGCAAAAUGUUUGGGUGGAUGUACAGGAUUAGAAUCUAAUGAUUGUAACUCAUGUAGAAAUGUCACUUUUAAUAAAUUUUGUUUUGAUAAAUGCCCUCAUUUUACAUUUGAGUAUUUAUCAUGGAGAUGUAUAACGGAAACAGAAUGCAGAAAGAUCAAAACUUUAGGGAAUGAAAAAAUAUAUUGGAAAGCAGUUGAUAAAAAAUGUCUUCCUAAUUGUCCUUCUGGAUAUUCAGAACAUCAUUCAGAUAAUCAUUCUUGUAUAGAAUGUAAAGAAAAUUGUCGUAAAGUUUGUGUGCCACCCUUAGUAAUUGAUAGUAUUGCAACUUCCAAAAGAUUAAGAAGAUGCACUUAUAUUGAUGGUAAUUUAGAAAUUCAGAUAAAGGGUGAAAAUAAUGUAAUUCAAGCUUUGGCAGAAAAUUUAGGAUAUAUUCAAGAAAUUUUUGGUUAUUUAAAGAUUGUUAGAUCUUUUCCACUGAUAUCAUUAAAUUUUUUGAGAGAUUUGAGAAUUAUUUAUGGUGAAAACAAAUAUUUAGAAAGCUAUUCAUUUGUACUUUUGGAUAAUGAUAAUCUUGAAGAAUUAUGGAAUUGGAAUAACAGACCUCACAAGCUAGAAAUAAGAAAAGGAAAAAUAAGCAUUAAUUUUAAUCCUAAAUUGUGUGUUCAUAAAAUAAAAGAGAUGAGAAAUAAUUGCAUUAUACCAGAAUGGGCGGACGAAGACUAUUCUCAAAAUACAAAUGGGCAUAGAAUAGGAUGUGAAGUAAUGAAUAUAAAUGCAGUUGUGUGGAGAAUUUCUCCAAGAGUAGCUGGCCUGAAAUGGGAUAAUAUGGAAAAGAAAUUUCAAGAUCAGCGAAUGCUUUUUGGAUAUGCUAUUUAUUAUCGAGAAGCCCCUGUCAAAAAUGUUACCAUUUAUGAAGGUCGUGAUGCCUGUGGAGGUGAUGGGUGGACAGUGAAUGAUGUUGAAUUAGGACAAGGAAAUACAAUAACUAGUGUCAUUACAUAUUUGAAACCCUAUACACAGUACGCUUUCUAUAUUCGAACACUUACUGUUGCUUCAAGUAAUGAAUCGGCUCAAAGCCCAGUUUUGUAUUUUCGUACUUUGCCAGGAACUCCAAGCCGACCCCUUAUGGUUCAAGCUCAAACAAAAGAUGAUGGUGCAGUUAUAGUUACUUGGCAACCGCCAAAACAUCCAAAUGGGAAUGUAACAUUUUAUAUGAUUGAAAUUCAGCAAGAUUUUGAUCCAAUUGAUUUUAUAAAUCAGUAUAAUUAUUGUUCUGAAUCUCCUAGUCUAUCUCUUGUUAAAAAGAAGCAUGGUAAAACUGAUAAAGAUUCAUUAAGAGAAAUUACAACAGUCAACAAUAAUGAAGUAAAUAGUACUUCAAAUGGAACAUGCUGUUCUUGUACUCCUGAUCAAGAUGUUGAGAAUCAGAUAUAUUUUGAUGAUUAUCUGCAGAAUAUAGUUUAUGUCAAAAUAAAUAAUGUUUCACGUGUUAAACGUUCUGCUAAUUUUCCUGAUUUGCCUACAACAGCAUUCUAUGAUAGUGAAACUUUCACAUCUAAUUAUUCUGUAAUAGACAAAGAAGGUUCUAUAAAUGAUACAGCAAGAAUUCCUAUUAAAUAUAAUUACACUGUUCAAGGAAAAACAACACUUACAAUUAGACAUCUUCGUCACUUUACGGAAUACAUCAUUAAAGUUAAAGCCUGCCACGGUAAUGAGCAUAAUUCUACAUGUAGUGUUAAUGGAAUCACCACUGUUCGUACUUUAAGCCAUGAAACUGCCGAUAAUAUAGACCCGAGUACUGUUCAAAUCAAUGCAGAAAAUGCAAGCUCCGGAAUAAUAUAUUUGAAGUGGGACGAGCCGGAAAAUCCAAAUGGUUUAAUUGUUUAUUAUCAUAUUGAGUACAAAAUAUUGGAUAAUAAAAAUAUCGUUCCAAUAUGUAUAACACAAUUGCAAUAUCAACAAUAUAAAGGCUAUCAGCUGUUUAAUUUGGAUUCGGGUAACUAUUCUUUGAGAUUAAGAGCCACUUCUCUAGCUGGAAAUGGCAACUGGACUUCUCCAUUUUUCUUCCACAUUCCAGAAAGAAAAAGCAGUUUAUCCAAGGAAUUAAUAAUAGUCACUGCUUUUUGCUGUGUUAUAUUUGUGUUAAUUUCUAUCAGUAUUUCUGCAUGGCUGUUUUAUCGAAGAAAAGCCCGACACAAUGAAGGCAUUCUUUACUCUUCAGUGAAUCCCGAAUAUAUCAGUGCUAAUCUUGUUUAUGAACCUGAUGAAUGGGAAGUGGACAGAGAGAAGAUAUCUUUAAUAAAAGAGUUGGGGCAAGGGUCUUUUGGAAUGGUUUACGAAGGAGAGGCUAGAAAGAUCAUUCCAGGAAAACCAGUCAUGAGAUGUGCUGUUAAGACAGUAAAUGAAAAUGCUUCUCAUAGAGAGAAGAUUGAAUUUUUACAAGAAGCAUCUGUUAUGAAAGCAUUUAAUUGCUUUCAUGUUGUCAAACUAUUGGGUGUUGUAUCAAAAGGACAGCCUGUUCUUGUGUUAAUGGAAUUGAUGGCUAAUGGGGAUCUAAAAACUUAUUUGCGUUCGCAUAGACCCGAGGAAAAUCCAGAUUGCCAGCCUCCAACUUUGAAAAGAGUUUUGCAGAUGUCAAUCGAAAUAGCAGAUGGAAUGGCCUAUUUAGCAGCUAAAAAGUUUGUUCACAGAGAUCUGGCUGCUCGAAACUGUAUGGUCAGUGAAGACCUGACUGUAAAAAUAGGCGAUUUUGGCAUGACUCGAGACAUUUAUGAAACCGAUUAUUAUCGUAAAGGCGGAAAAGGUUUGUUGCCAGUUAGAUGGAUGGCACCAGAAUCUUUAAAAGAUGGAGUUUUUACAAGUCAGUCUGAUGUUUGGUCGUAUGGCGUGGUCUUAUGGGAAAUGGCAACACUUUCGUCUCAACCGUAUCAAGGCCUUUCUAAUGAGCAGGUCUUAAAAUACGUGAUGCAUGGCGGAACAAUGGAAAAACCAGAAAACUGUCCAGAAAUAUUGUACAUGUUAAUGAGUCAGUGCUGGAAUAGUAAUCCAUUGAGGAGGCCAACAUUCAUAGACAUAAUUGAGGAAUUGUUGAAGUACGUGACAUCAUCACAGUUCCAGAAGUCUUCAUUUUACUUCUCUCAGUCAAAUAACCAAGAUGAUAAUGAUACUGCCUCUACUCCUUUGAAGUCUCCCACUAAUGACAACAUAUCAUUAAAAAGUCUAAAUAACGAAACGGACAUGUAUUACUUUCCCAGUUCAACCAUAACAUCCGAAACAUCUGGAAAUAAUCAAAUUAACAGUGAACAAUCUACCAAUGUGGCAAAAACUAACAGACAGAAUUGUGAUGGUAGUAAGGGUAUGUCUCUUACUUGUUCAGAUGACAGCCAAGGUAGCAAGGUUAGUAACUUAUCGAAUGGAACCAAAUUAUGUUUCUAUUGUAGGUCGUAUGGCGUGGUCUUAUGGGAAAUGGCAACACUUUCGUCUCAACCGUAUCAAGGCCUUUCUAAUGAGCAGGUCUUAAAAUACGUGAUGCAUGGCGGAACAAUGGAAAAACCAGAAAACUGUCCAGAAAUAUUGUACAUGUUAAUGAGUCAGUGCUGGAAUAGUAAUCCAUUGAGGAGGCCAACAUUCAUAGACAUAAUUGAGGAAUUGUUGAAGUACGUGACAUCAUCACAGUUCCAGAAGUCUUCAUUUUACUUCUCUCAGUCAAAUAACCAAGAUGAUAAUGAUACUGCCUCUACUCCUUUGAAGUCUCCCACUAAUGACAACAUAUCAUUAAAAAGUCUAAAUAACGAAACGGACAUGUAUUACUUUCCCAGUUCAACCAUAACAUCCGAAACAUCUGGAAAUAAUCAAAUUAACAGUGAACAAUCUACCAAUGUGGCAAAAACUAACAGACAGAAUUGUGAUGGUAGUAAGGGUAUGUCUCUUACUUGUUCGGAUGACAGCCAAGGUAGCAAGGUUAGUAACUUAUCGAAUGGAAGUGCCAUCAAUGGUAGUGUGUAUUUUCCCAAAGAAAGGACUAUGAUGUGCUAAAAACUAAAUUUCUGAUAACAUGGCCAUUUCAUAAUCAUUGAUAAUAAUAAUAAACAUAAUACAUGUUGUAAAUAAUCAUCAAGAAAGUCAUUCAUUUCAAAUUUUUUCAUAAGACAUUUUGAUGGAUUUGUUCUGCUCCAUGUGUGUUAAGUAUAAAAAUACUAGCCAAAUUUUUUUUUAUAUUAACUAAAGUUUUUUUUAAUUAAAUAUAAUGUGUGUUUUGCAAAUAUCCAUUAUGUAUAAAAUUAUUUUCUUAAAUCUGUCAAUCUUAUAAUCCGAGUUUUUUUUCAUGUUUGUUAAUUCGGGUAUUUUAUAUCUUAAUCAAGUAGGGCCAACUGUUUAAGUGAUGCCUAUUUUGAAUUGUAAUUAAUGGCAAAGGUUUCCAUUUUGUAACUGAAGCACAUUUCAGUAUUGAUGUUCGAAUCAAUGAAAUAGGGAUGUUGAUCUAAUAUAUGUCAAAAUUUUUCUAAACUUUUGUAUUUGACUAAUGUUUGUUUGGUAAAGAAUGCAGAAUUCACUCUCAGGAAUUUAGUGUAUGAAUUCUGUCUUGAUCCUCCUAAUUUUGUGCGAGUAAUUUGAGUUAAUGUCAUUCUCAAUCCCUUGUCCAUGCUGUCAGCAUUGCCAUAAGUCAGCUAGAAGAACUAUCGUCAAUGUGCAAAAUUGAGAUUGGACAUAAAGCCGAAUGUACAUUGUGCCUCAUGAAACAAACCAGUCCAAUUUUAAAACUAUAUUUUCACAUGAGUAUGUAAAUAUUUUCAUUCAAGUAUAUUAUCUUUCCAUUAGAAUUACAUUAAAUUAAAUAAAAAUACAUCAGAACACCAUCUGUGAAAUGUAGAUUUUAGACUGAGCUUUAGUUUAGACAACAUAAUCAAAGUUUUUACAUAGAUUACUUUUCUAAUGAAAAUUUUAAAAAGUUUGAUUUCAAAAAUCAUAAUUUUGAAACUGACUUAUUCAGUUGGCCCUAACAUUUGGAAUAUUAAAUUAUUAGCUGUGAUGCCAUACACGAUUUAAUAUUUUUAAACCCUGCAUUUAAAAAGUUCAAAUUGGAAUGGAAUUGUACUAAAUAACAAAUGUGUGUACAAUAGAAAUUCGUCAGCCAAUACGACCUGCCAAUACUUUUUAAAAAAAUUUUCAUCUCAUUUUCUCUUAAUAAAUGCCUUAGGACAUUGCAUACAUUCAUAGGUCGUCAUUCUAUCAUUGCAUUCAUUUUAAAUUUAAAUUUUAUAUUUUGUGCCAAAAUAGUUAGCAAACAUUUUUCUAAAAUUUCCAUAUUAAGAUAUAAUAAUAAUAUAUAAUCUCUUAACUGUGUAAUUUUACAUCAUAAAUAUAUAAAAGUGUUAUAGACGUAGCAUUAAUUUGAUAAAAUACAUAUAUUCUGACGCAUACUGUAUUUGCUCAGAUUUUUUCGUUCUAAACCUGUAUAUAUAAAUAAAUUUUCUCUAAAGUUGUAUAUUAUUUUUUAAAACUUAAUCGUAUUGCCUUUUUGUUUGUGUAAUUACUGUGCUUAAUCAUUAUGUGCAAUUAAUUUUUGAGGAUAAAAGGAUAGAAAACAAAAACAUAUAUGGUUUUAACAAUUAAAUUUUGUCAUAGGAAAAAAAAGGAUCAUUUAUCAAUCUACAGAAAGAUUUAAUUUCAAAAAAUAAUAAAAGAAUCUUAAAUUUUGCAUUUUGUGCCAAAAUAAAUGCAGCUCAUUUUUCUAUUCCAUUUAAAAUACUUAAGUUAUAAACAUAAUUAAAAAAAAAAAAAAAA